AUGGGCCCAUACCUAGCCAUUAUACGAAGACAGACGAAUAACAAAAGAAUUAGAAUACGGCAGAUCCCACAUGCACGUGUGACAUCAUCCAGUGAUGUCAUACGUGUCCGUUACACUAAUCAAACACAGAUUGACUCUAAACCUGAUUUUCUCGAGGUUCCCUUGGAUUAA